GGGCACGUGGAUCCGCGCACAUGUUGACGCUCGUAAACCGCCGAGAGAAGGGGCCAGCGGAGAGUCAGACCGACGAGCCGCCGACCGGCGACGUGUCUGUGCCGGAGAGAGCGCUGAGGCUGGGCGCCCCGAUGCGACCGGCGACCGGGCGUGGACUCAUCCGUCACAUCGAAGCAGGAGAGCGAGCCGUGGGCGAGCGUUCGUGGUAGCCGCUGAAUGUCCCGCAUCACUCCAGCAAUGCAGUCCCAGGGCAGCACCUCCUCCCAGCCCUCUUUCGAUUCCCUGAGCCCCAGUGGCAGCCCCUUCUUCAGCGACUCGGAGCCGGCGGAUGACGACACAGAUGUCUUCCUGACCGACAGCUCCUCCUCUUUGACCAUUGGUGGGACAGGUGGGGAAAAAGCUACCGAAGAAAGGGGAUCAAAGAGUCCUAGGUCACAGUGGACAUGCAACGGCUCGAAAGAUAAGGAGACGGAGGAGGAGCCUCCCGGGUCGAGGAGUGGCAGCAAGGCAGCUCAGAUCCGUUUGGACGAGGCGGAUCCUUUAGGCCAGAGUCAAAAAUCACAGGGAGAUCUGCUGUUUGCCCAGAAGUGUGCUGAGCUCCAAGGUUUCGUCAGGCCCCUGCUGGAGCUGCUGAAUGGACUGAAGACGGGCCGAUUUGACCGUGGUUUGAGUAGUUUCCAGCAGAGCGUUGCCAUGGAUCGAAUCCAGAGGAUCGUGGGGGUUUUACAGAGACCGAACAGUGGGGAAAAGUACCUGAACACUCUCCUUCAGGUAGAGAUGAUGCUGAAGCUUUGGUUUCCCCACAUCACCACUCAGCCUGCCCCCGCAGCCUCCAGCGUUGCCACAUCCACUGCCUGUUCCCUCCAAGAAACUUCAAGUUCCACCCCACCACACAAGCACAGGGACCAGUUACAUAUUCCUGUCAAGAAACGCAGACUUAGCUGGACAGGUACGGACUCCCCUACGCCUUCGCCCGUGCUUCUCAAGUGUCCUCGUACAACCUCAGAGGAGAAGAAGGUGAAGCAAGACCAAGAUCAAAGGGACAGCCCUCCUCCUCGUCCACAGGUAUCGGACGCAGACCAAAAUUCACCAGAUGUGGCUUGCAGCAGCCAGCUAGGUGGGUGCACAAAGGGACAGGACAGCGGCAGCGAAGAACCAGGCAAGCUAUCGCAGUACAAGGCCGGACAGAGCUCGGAGCCAAGCCUGACGUGGGUGCACAUCGCGCCCAUCCUCUCCCCACGCAAGGCCUGCGCGUCGCACGAGAGCGCAUCGGCAGCAGGCGGCGAAAGCCAGCCCGUGGCUGCCGUCCUCUCUCCCGGCAGGAGGGGCAGCCCCGCUACUCAAGACAGCGCCGUCUCCUCCACCACGCCCUACAAGCACACCAAAAACCUGAAGAAGCCGAUUCGGUGCCAAAGCCAGCACGCUGCUGGACAAGAGAGCGACGGCGAGACCAGCGAUGCCUGCCAGGGUCAAAGCCAGUCUCCCCAUGUCACACUUAAGCCUUCGCCCAAGGUGUGCCCGACCCCGUAGAGACCUGAUGCAUUGUCAAACAGAGAGCUGGCAGCCUCGCUUUGUCACGCCACCCAGCUGAAGGCUGCGGAGAGAGAGAGAGAGAGAGAGAGAGAGAGAGAGCGAGAGAGAGAGAGAAAGGAAGGAAGAAAGAGGCUGAAAGCCUGUGAUUAUAGAUGCAUUUAGAGAAGACAAAUGAGAGACGAGACAACCCCUCAUUAUGACCACAACUACAGCUACAACAGCUUAUUUUGAACAACAGGGUGUAGCAUAUUUUACUGAAUGAAAUCUGGUAAUCACAAUUACAUAAUAAUAUACAUAUGUGCACAGCAGCGGUUGUGGUUGAAACACAUAGACCUUAAAGGCAGGUUGUUAAGUGAUUCAGGAGAUAAGAUAUUUGAGGAGAAAGAAUUUGAGGAGCAAAUGAUAGUUCUCCUCAGCAUGAAAGCAAUCAAUAUACUGUAAUUACAGCGUGUUUUGGCACAAGAGCUGACAGCUGUCAAGGACUUGCACUUGAUCAGAAAUUUUUAAAAAAAAGCAGAUGUCAAUAUUCAGAAUGAAAGCGUCAGAGGUUUAACUGCAGGUAGAUUCACUCCACAGCAAGCAAACGACUUGAACCUGAAUCUAGUCUUGACACGUUUCACUUUACAUUCACCUGUAAAUAGCGAAAUCGAGCUCACAGAAGAAAAGUGACGUUGGGGUCAUUUGAAACCCUUGUAGCUAGUGAUGUGAGGAAUACAGUGUACAGACCUCAGUAUUUUACUGUACGUGUGGUGUGUUAGAGUCAUGGAAAACUGUGGAAAAAGUGAUGUCAUCAAACUCACGAAUGUAAUCCAGGAUCUGCUUGAGCCUUCGACGGUUUGGCCGCAAGCUAAUAUCAGGGCGAUCGGAGGUCGUGUUCCUGCCCGGAGUCAAACUGGCUGUCAAUGUGAUGAGAAUUCAAGACCAACACCUUUCAAAAGACCAGAAGGGGAAAAUAAGGAUGACUGAAAGACAUCUGGCUCUUAACUCCCACAGUUAAUUUAUUCAUAUGUUGACCUUACACUGCGUUUAUUUAUUGUUUGUAUUUAUUUAUUGGGUAGCUGAAUAUUGCCUGCUCUGCACUCACGUAGUUUGGCAUACAACUUUAUGAGGCAAUUGGGAAGAUGCUGUUGACAGUUUGUGGUUUAUAUUUCUAUCAUGAAGAACAAGGUGAAAGGAUUGAAAUGUUGUGAUUGGACUAUUGGAUUAAUGUGCCUUUUUUACCAAAUAGGAUGUGUUCAGAAAAAAGCAUUCUGGUGCUUUCAGUGCAUUCAUACUGUGUUUUUGAUUGUUUGCUUGUAUUUCACCAAACCAGUACACAUUCAAUCAUAAAAACCUACAUGCAGUCAUUUUCAUCCUGCUUUCCAAGUUACAAGCAGCGUCAAAUUUACUGCUGGCGUCCGGAUGUGGUACGCUGACAUUUAAUCCAAACCGCCUGUAUCUUCAAUUUGUACAAACAACAACAGCGGCGGCUACUACACUAAAGGGUAGCCUUCCUUUCUCGGCUGUGAUUAACAGAGGAACAGACUAAACUGCACUUAUAUCUGGUGUUCUUUAAAACUUGAAAAAAGGCAGAAAACAUAAAUGUGAGGGAGUAAAACUUCAUUUGCACCACAUUGUACUGCUGCUAUUGUUAUUCUACUUCCAGAUUGAAUUCAGAGGGUUGAUAGAAGGUGCUCUCUCUUUACUUGGAAAUCUGCUCAAGAUAUUCUUAUAAAUGUAGGGGAUGGGGAUUAGUCCUGUGAUUGGAUUUACCUAUAUUGCAAAAAUAUUGUAAAUAUCUAAACUGAAAUGUUUUUAAAUUGGUCAGUGGUUGAUACGCUAUUCACAUAACUUGAAUGAGGGGAUCCUCACGUGCCCGAGUCCUCUAAAAAUCCCAGCGUGUGAACACAGAGCCACUGGCAGCCUCAAAGUUACUGCCUAUGUUAUGAGUGUACACACUCUCAGUCACAGACCCAGAGUCAGACUGUCCUGCCUGAUCCUGUCUUUAAAUGUGACAUUACAAUGUGCCAGACGCUGGCCCUCAAUCAGAGGCUGGGGGUGUCUUCCAACCACACUCCUUUUUUACAGUUGUGAUGACAGAGAAACAGCUGCGUUUACUUUGUCAUUGUUUGUGUAUGUUUUUUACUGCAGAGGCCACUGCUGACUGGUCAGAAUUAAUGUCUUUUUUAUUUUAACUGCCUUUUACUUCUUAUAUUGUAAAGGCUGGGUGUAUUUCCCCCGACUCCCCUCCCCCACCCCGCUGCUCAUGCCCUGUCUACAUGUCUACAUGUUCCUCAGUCCUGUUAGUGUCUUUUCUGUCCAAACUAAACCCUCUUUUCUGACCCUAGCUUUACACAUUACUCUUCUGACUACUUUGUCACUAAUGAAAAGGAAAAACAUUUUUAAUAAACGACUUUUUAUUCAUAAA